AUGGCAAAACAUUCACGUUUUACAGAUGAUAUUUGGUUUACACCAGCUCCAAGUGCAGCUCAAAUUCCUGUUCGAACUAUAGAUGAUUUACGUAAUGAAAUCUUUGUUUCUAAUAAAUAUGAAUCACUCAAACAAGGUUUAUAUACAGCUGAGGAAAUGAAAUCAAAAGAUUUAUAUGAAAAUUAUGCACCAAAUUUUAAAGAUAAAAAUAAACAAUUUAUUUAUAAAUAUAUUAAUGAAAUACGACAUUAUUCACCAUCACCAGAUAGAUAUUUAUUAAUAACAAGAUGGAGACCAUUUAUGCCUGAUGUAUUACCAGAUAGUUUAACACGUCCAUCGACUAGAAUUCGAUUUCAAUCUGAUGUUUUUAAUUAUCAAUCAUGUGGUGAUAAUCAAACAGUAGAAUGGUAUUUAAAUUUUGCAAAUCAUGAUCUAUUUGCUUACUAUGGUGGACCAUUAUUAGCACAAGAUGAAUUACAAGUAUUAGAAUGUGUUGAAUUAGCAGCAUUAAGAGAAUAUUUUGUUCAAACAAUAAAUACAGUGGGAUCAUCUACAGUUAGUUCUAAUCGAAAUAAAACUUUACCAACACCUAUUUUAAUAAGUAAUACUGAACGAGUAAUUCAAAUGGAUACUAGUAAAGUUUAUGGAAAUGCUUUUGCUAAAGCAAGUGAAAGACAACUUAUUCAAGCAUGUAAAUACCUUGACAGUUCUCAAAAAGUUAAUUUAAUAGCUAUUGAAGCACCAAGUCAUGGUCGUGGUAGUUAUACUCGUGAUCAAAUUGAUUAUAUUCUUCUUACUUGUUAUGUUGGAUUUAAAGCAGCACAAAUACUUGCUAAUAAAACUCAUGCAUUAAAUACAUCAAAUCAACGUUCGUCUAGUCGAAGCGAAAAUAAACAUUUUCGUACAAUAAUUCAUACGGGAUGGUGGGGUUGUGGUGCUUAUGGAAACAAUCGACGAAUGAUGAUUUUAACACAGAUUCUUGCAGCAUAUUGGACUGAAAUUGAUGAACUUAUUUUUCAUACACAAUCAAAUGACUAUCAAGGAGAUAUAGAUGCGGCUCAAGAAAUUGCUCAUCAAUUAUUGAAAGAAAAACGUGUUGAUGAUGUUAUUAAUCAAAUUGUCAAAUUAAAUUUACAAUGGGAAAAAUCAAAUGAUACAUAA